ACCGGUGACUGGGUCAGCCGGUGGAAUGGUGCCUCCUCCGAACCUGCCCACCGCUCACGAGUCACACCACUCGCGUGUUCUAGGUUGACCGCCGGCUACCCUUUUACACUUCCCGCAAAAAGGGACUUGUAUAUAACUCAAAGUAUCAAACGUACAUAAUAAUCCUUUCACCAACUCCCUACUCUCUCUCUCUUUUCUUUCUCCGCGAGUCUGUUGUUGAGUCCAAAUCUCUGAACAAGAACCCUAGCUACGGUGAUCGUUUCUGCGGAUUUUUGGUUUGAUCUUAUCCGUGCGUUGGAGGAAUCUCUGUGAGUAUUUGCGUUUUGAUUGCAAUCGGAUAUCGUCGUCCUCGAGAUUGUUGUUGCUGUUGCCGCCGCCGCAGUCUUUUUCAUUGACAAGAGUUAGAGCUAGGGGAUGGGAGACGAAGGAGGGAUAGCGAGGAGAUUUUGGAUCAAGUUCAAGGCCGAAUCAGUGUUCGCGGUUUACACGCCUUUUGUCAUUUGCCUGGCCUCGGGCGACUUGGAUUCCCAAUCUUUUCGCCAUUGUAUCUCUCAGGAUGUCCAUAUCCUUAAAGCUUUUGCUCAGGCGUACGAGUUGGCACAAGACUGUGCGGAUGAUGAUGAAGACAGAGUUGCAAUUUGCAAAUUGCGGAAACAUGUUUUAAAUGAGCUCAAAAACCGCGAUGAUGUUGCUAGGGAAUGGGGCUUUGAACUUCCAAAAGAAAUCACUUGUGACAAUGCGACAGUCAAAUACAGAGAUUUUUUGCUGGCAACAGCCUCGGGAAAAGUUGAAGGAGAAAAAUUUUCUGGUAAAAUUGCCACACCUUUUGAGAGAACAAAAGUUGCUGCUUAUUCACUUGGUGCUAUGGCACCUCAUAUGAGGCUUUAUUCCUUUAUAUGUAAGGAGAUUCAAGCUUUAUCAGAUUUCAAUGAAACCAGUUACAUCUACAAGAAAUGGAUUGAUAGUUAUUCCUCUAAAAAAUUUGAGGCAUCAGUUCUGCAAACUGAAGACAUGUUAGAUAAACUAAGUGUUUCUUUGACGGGUGAAGAACUUGAAGUCAUCGAAAAGCUCUAUCACCAAGCUUUGAAGCUUGAAGUAGAUUUUUUUUCUGCUCAACCUGUUGCUCAGAAAACUAUAGUCCCCUUAUCUCGAGUGGUUAACCCUGCAGAAGGCAAUCUUACCAUAUUUUGUGAUUUUGAUUUGACAUGCACUGCCAUUGAUUCCUCUGCCCUUUUAGCAGAGUUUGCAAUCAUAACAGCUCCAAAGUCAGAUCCUAAUGGAUCUGAAACCCAACUUGCGCGGUUGCCUUCAGCUGAUCUAAGGAACACAUGGGGUGUUCUUUCCAGACAGUAUUCGGAAGAGUAUGAACAAUGCAUAGAAAGCAUCAUGCCCAGUGAAACAGCACACAAUUUUAAUUAUGAAGGUCUGUGUAAAGCACUUGAGCAACUUUCUGAUUUUGAAAAAAAGGCAAAUUUAAGAGUGGUUGAGUCAGGAGUACUCAAGGGUUUAAAUGUGGAUGAUAUAAAAAGAGCAGGUCAACGCCUCAUCCUUCAAGAUGGUUGUAGAGGGUUCUUUCAAAAGAUUGUGAAAGAUGUAAAUCUGGAGGCAGAUGUUCAUGUGCUUUCGUACUGUUGGUGUGGUGAUCUCAUUAGGUCAGCUUUUUCAUCAGGGGGUCUAGAUGUUCUGAAAGUACAUUCAAAUGAGUUAGCUUAUGAAGAAUCCAUCUCCACGGGCAAAAUUCUUGGGGAGGUGGAGUCUCCAUUGGAAAAGCUUCAAGCCUUCAACAACAUCCUAAAGGACUGUGAUAAUGAUGGCAAUAACGUGAGCAUUUAUAUUGGAGGCUCGGUGGGUGACCUGCUUUGCCUGCUAGAGGCAGAUGUCGGCAUCGUGAUUGGAUCUAGUCCAAGCCUGCAGAAGCUCGGAGAGCAGUUUGGUGUUUCUUUUAUCCCUUUGUUCCCUGGUUUGGUGAAGAAACAGAGAGACCUCACUGAAGCUGGCUCUUCUAACCGGAAAGGGCUUUCUGGUGUUCUUUACACAGUCUCUGGUUGGGCUGAGAUACAUGCUUUCAUUUUGGGAUCAUCAUAGAGGCCUCCCUUCCUACAGUUUCUUCUAUCUACCUCAUUAGUAGUUAGGAGCAACCCUUAGUAAAAUUUAUACACAAUAGGAUAUAGUGGCUAUUUUUAUGAGGGCCACAGGUCAGCCCUUACUCUUUUUUUCUUCAGGGACUGCCAUCCAGUACUAUACAGAUCUUGUAUCUAGGAUCAUUAUAUGCUAGCACACUCUUAGCGUGCUACCAACAUUUAGGUUAGUCGAAACAAUUUCUUUAUGGGUCUUCCUUCUCUGCUGCUCGACCACCUAGUCCUGGUUCUUCUGCAUACUCCUGUUAUGCCAUUGCUAUUGCACCAUAACUGUAUUUUGAUAACUAUUCAGAUAUCGAAUAUGUUGUUUAAAGUAGUGCACUUGGCAAAUGGCAGUGAAAUUAGAGGAAGCCUCAGAAAAGUGGGGGAGGUGUGUCCAUAUAUUUAUGUGGGUAUGGAGAUGUGUUCGUAUAUUCGUGUGGAUAGAAUUUUGGAUUUGAUCGUAUUUUACUUGUCAUCCGGGAGGGAGGGCUAUUUCUGCCGAAUAGCUUGGGAACAGAAAAUUAGGAAGUGUAAUGAAUUGUUCUGUUUCCUCGAUAUCAAUGUGAAGAGCAAUUAUUUUCUUAGGGGUCUGUUGUGAUCUUCCUGGACAUGUAUGUAUGAUUGUUGAGAGACUAAUAAAACUUUGGGUUGAAGUGUAAGGAAA